GGUCCAGAAGGGACGUGUUUUGAGGGGGGGAUAUUCCCAGCCAGACUUACUUUCCCCUCCGAUUACCCUCUCAGCCCCCCGAAGAUGAAAUUUACAUGCGAAAUCUUCCACCCUAACAUUUAUCCCGAUGGUAGAGUCUGUAUAUCGAUAUUACACGCUCCCGGAGAUGAUCCCAUGGGUUACGAAACUAGCGCAGAAAGAUGGAGUCCAGUUCAAAGUGUAGAAAAAAUAUUAUUAUCUGUUGUCAGCAUGUUGGCAGAACCUAAUGAUGAAAGUGCCGCCAAUGUGGAUGCUGCGAAAACUUGGAGAGAAGAUAAGACAAAAUUCCAGGAAGUUGCAGAAAGGACAGUUCGAAAAUCUCUAGGGUUAUAA